AUGUAUAGAUACACGCAUAUCUGUGCGUGUAGCUGCACCGCAGAAGUCAACACUGAACAUCUUCUGCUGAUCACUGCCAAACAUCAUGACUGCACUGAAGUUUUCGUUGGCCCAAAAAGCACCAGUCUUCAAGGAAAGUGUGACACCCGUGAAGCUCCAUUGUGAUCAUGAAGCUCUUGAACAUUGUCAUCGUGUUGGCUCUCGCAUGUGUUCCAGUGCAGAGCGAUGAAGUGAAGAACCUCCGGGGAGAGGUAGCGCCGACUGAGUCUGGUUCAGCUGAUGUGCCAGCAAAGGAGUCUGAUCUCGACAAGGACACAGAAUCAGAGGGACCAAGUGAUGCCGUUGGGGUUCCAGAAAAAGAGCUGGAUGCCACAGUCGAGCAGGGUGACUCAGGUGACUCCACUGAAGGGGCUGUUGCCGAGCCUGACGCUGCCGAAGCAGAGGCUACUGAAGGCGAGGAGGAUCUGAUGGUCCGAACAUGCCGCCGUUGGGUGACUUGCCACGAUGGCUGGUACGGAGGCAUUCGCUGCUCCGGCGGCCGAUACUGCACCCUCUGGCGUUGAGCUGAGCAUGUAGCGGUGCCCCUGUACAGUGUCGAGGUACCUACUUGAAAGCUUGACGUGGGCCACAUGUUGCAACCUUUGACCUUUGACUGUUUCGACAUCCUUCGACCAACUAAGGGGUUGGAUGAAUUUGAGGGGCAGGACAUUGUAUGCUUUAGGUCACAAAGACCUUCCACAUUCCUGCAUUAUGUCAUGAGUCAUAGGAGUCAUAGGUAUGUCUGUCAACAUCAUACUGCGAGGUCGUAACGUUCAGCACGACCCAUUGAAGUCUGGCAGCAAAAAAGCCAUGCGUCGCUGCCAUGCCUCUAAAAUUUCCAUCCACCAAGUGCAAUCUCUCAAUACAGACGGAGGUUGAGGUUGAACACAGAAGGCUGCUUGAGAUUGCUUCAGUGGGUUUAUACUGUACAAACAUUAACACAAUUGAUUUGAACCUAAAUGAAGCUGACAUGUUGAGGAGCUUUUGAACAUGCAAUCAGAAAGGUGUAGCUUUCACUUGUAGUUAGUUCAGUGUGAGCCGUUUGGGCGAGUUUGUUUAGGAGACAAUCUA